AUGUCGAAUUCACAGGAAACUCCAUGGACCGAGGACGAGAAGUAUGCCCUAUUUACCGAAAUUUUGAAGAAGGCCGGCGUCUCCUCACGCGAACUCUUCAGAAUGAUCCAGGACAUGAAGAUCAAACCGAGUUGGAAUGAUAUUCCUCUUCCUACAGGCCGUUCCCUCAAUUCUUGUCAAACAGCAUUUAAUUAUAUGUUUUUUGAGCUGCAGCCCCAAGCCAACCCGGCGGCUGGACAGCUUCCUCCACCACGACAUCAUGCUCCCGCGCCUCAGGUGCCUCAUUUGGAUCCGAGUACUAGUGUGAGGAAGCGGCCUCUAUACCCAACAGACAAACCUAUUCUCCCGCGUGCAAUUCAACCUCGUCCUGUCACUGGCCCAGCUUCUUACAGCAGCGAGAGUGGCGCAUCAGCAAUGCUUUCCCCAGGCGCGGGAGGCGUCACAGCCUCAGGUGAACCUCCACGAAAACGAGGUCGACCAAGCAAGGCCGAAUCGGAGCGGCGCAAAGCAGCUGCUGAAGCCCGCGGUGAGACAUAUCCGCCGUCUCGGUCUGGGUCGCAUAAAUCAAAGAUUUCGUCCAGUCCUACCAGCCCUUCGGGUAUCGAGGCCAGUGGGUCUGUCUAUACCAGCAAUCGACCUCCAAACAUACCACAGCCGGGAAUGGGCUACGUACCCCCACCACUAAGAAUGGUGCCAAUGUCUGGGCCCAACGACGAAGGUCGAAUGAGGAGUAUGUCCAAUCGUGAGAUGGGCCCGACAUCACGGGAGCUGCCACGACCACAAGAAAUCAGGCAGACGCUUCCUUCUCCGCAGGAAUUGCAACUCGGCCAUAGAGAGGCCAUACCACGCAUAGAGCCUGGAGACCGACCUUACGAAUCUCUACCUCCUGACAGGUUUCCCUUCACAGACAGCAGCCGGCGGAGUCUCGUUCAUGCCUCUCCUCGGCACCCAGACGAACCACAUGCACCAGACAUUCAAGUUCCCUUAACCACAACCACCGAAAAACGAACAGAAUAA